AGACAGACACUAGAUCACUUCGGUUAUACUCUGUGAAGGGUUUCUGUGGGCCGCUUCACUGGUGUAACUGUGUCACCGGAGCGCCGAUGUCCGACAGAGAGUAUGACUCAAGGUCAGAGGUCAUGGUGUGUCUCUCUCCUGGACGCACAAUCACUAACACAGUGGAAAGCCAGAUAUUGAUGUCUUUGGCAGGACCGGGAUUCAGCGGAUGUUGGGAUUUAUAUGGUAACCAUGAUCCAUAAAAGGGGCUUGCGGUCGGUGGGAGGAGAGGAGGGCGCUGGGAUGGAGAAAAUACAACAUCACUGAGGCUUUCUGAGAGACGCUCCAUUUAUGACUGGAGUUUGAAGAACAUGACGGCUCAAAGAAAACCCUCAAACCUCAGUCAGCGCAUCUCUUCGUCUCCGUUCUACUUCAUGCUCUACGUGGUUCUGGUCCUGCUGGGGAACGUUGGGAACACCACGGUCAUCGCAGUGGUCGGCCAAAGCCUUCUUCGGGAAACGGGAGUCGUCAGGAGCUCAGAUGUGAUCCUGGUCAACAUGGCUUUCUCCAACCUGAUGGUGUCGUUGGUGAGAAACACAGUCGUGAUGGUGUCCGAUCUGGGACUGGAGAUCUUCCUCAGUAGAGAUAUGUGUCACCUCAUGAUGGGCAUCUGGGUUUGGCUCCGCUCUGCAAACGUGUGGUCGACGUUCUUCCUGAGCGCGUUCCACUUCCAGACGCUGCGCCGCGUGGCUCCGCCGGUGAUUAGCCUUCACGGGCCCCGCGGGCCCCCCAGACCCCUCGUGCUCGGCUUCGGCCUCAUCUGGAGCCUCAACCUGGGCUACGCCAUCCCCGCCUUCAUGUUCUCCAAGAACGGAGACGAGAACUCCACCGAGACGCUGAUGUUGGUGAGCAGCACCACUCGGCCGCUGUUGGGAUGCAUCUGGGAUUUUCCGUCGGCCUACAGCGGCCUGGUCUUCGCCACCUCCUCCAUGGUGAUCCAUGAGUCCAUCCCCAUCUUCCUGAUGAGCGUUACUAACCUGGGCUCCUUGUUCACGCUGUACACUCACGGACACAGUCGCAAGAGUGCGGACGCGCCCGUCGUCACCCGGAUCCCAGCGGAGCGGCGUGCUGCUAAGGUGAUCCUGGCGCUCAAUAUCCUCUUCAUCUCGUCGUGGGGAACUAACGUUAUCUCGGUCAACUACUUCAACUAUAACCGCGGCUCUUCCACUGAGUUCCUGCUGAUCGUGGCGCGCUUCGCUAACAUGAGCUUCAUCGCGCUGUCGCCGGUCGUGCUCGCCGUGGGACACCGCAGGCUGCGGGCGUUCGUGCGCGCGGUGCUGUCGAGCCUCUGUCCGGCCGGAUAGCCUCCACACACACGGGUCCGGGACACUGCCACCAACAACAACACAACAC